CUUAUUAUUAUCAGUUUCAAAUUGCGGGUAGAAGAGUAGCGGAAGAGCAGAGUAUAAUGGUUAUGGCGGGAGUUUGCCUCCAUUUGAUAAAUCGAUAAACAGAGUGAAAGUGUUGAGAUUGUUUUCACUUUCAAAAAUGUUGAAUGGUUGGGUCCUUUCAGUCGUCUUCAUCACCCUCCUCGUUUCUCUCUGCAAUCCAAGAGGUGUUUCCGACAUUAAAACUCUGGCUUUCUCUUCCCCUAAUCAUCCUCUCCAUUUCUCUGAAACUCAGACUCAGACCCUCUUCACUUUCCUUUCAACUCUUCAAUACGAUUUCUAUCGAGAAUCCUGCCCCAAUGCCGAGAUCAUUGUAAGGUCUGCCAUGGCUCUCAUUUACUCUCACCAUCAAGAUAUCUCCGCUUCUCUACUUAGACUCUACUUUCACGACUGCUUCAUCCAGGGCUGCGAUGCUUCCGUCCUAUUGGAUCCCAUUUCAGGUGACGGAACUUAUUCGAGUGAGAAGCAGGCUAUUCCCAAUUUGACUUUAAAGGGUUUCGAUGAGAUUGAUCAAAUCAAGGAGGAGCUUGAAAGGGUUUGCCCACGCAUUGUUUCUUGUGCCGAUAUCCUUUCCCUUGCUACUAGAGAUGCCGUCGUUCUGGCUGGUGGCCCUUUCUAUCCAGUUUUCACCGGCAGGCGAGACAGCACGAGGGCAUACUUUGAAGAAGCAAUGGCGGAACUGCCACGACCCGACGACAACAUCAAUCGUACUCUUUAUCUAUUUGCGACUAGAGGAUUUGAUGAAAGAGAUAUGGUCAGUCUUUUAGGAGCGCACAACAUUGGGAAGAUUGGGUGUCAGUUCAUUCUGAAUCGUCUUUAUAACUUCUCUGGAACCAGCCUACCAGAUCCAUCAAUUGACCCUGAGUUCCUGAACCUGAUGAGAUUCAAGUGCCAAGAGAGAGAGAACAACAACAAUGGCAAUCAAGAUCAAGUGUCUCCAGCAUCAUCCCCAAUUUCAGAGGCAUCAGUAGAGAAGCUAAGGAGGUCUACAUUGGGCAUGUCGUACUUUCAAGAAUUGUCGCCUUCGUUGUCGUCAGAGGGAGGUUUCAACACUCAUUACUAUAAGAGCUUGUUGAGUGGGAGAGGAUUGUUGUAUGCUGAUCAGCAACUAAUGGCCAACGAGAAGACGGGAAGACUGGUAAAGGGCUAUGCUUCCGAUGAUGGCUCUACCUUUCGCAUGGACUUUGCAAGGGCUAUGGUGAAGCUAUCGGUUCUUGAUGUUCUAACUGGUUCUCAAGGUCAAAUUCGUGAGAGGUGCGGGCACUAAACCGCAACAACAUAUUUUUGUUUGAGUUGUUCUUUAGUAUCAUUGCUCUGUUUUCAUUCUUGAACAAAGUUGGAUAUGUUUUACAACUUGUUUGGAAGUUGGCUGAUGUUAAUAUCAGAAAUGUGUAUAAUAGAAAUUUUUCAACAAUGGAACCAAUAAUAACCAUGUUCUUCCUGCCUAAUAUAUGGCGACUAUAUAUAUAUUGAAUUUGGGAAAUAUAUGAAUGGAUUAAACAGAUACCACUA